AUGCCUAAUAAUCCUUUACUAAUCCAUUAUAUUAUCUACAACAAUCUCAGUAAUCGAGAUAAUUUACACGAAUUCAUAAAUGGCAGCAAUAACUCUAAUCAAACAUUUUUGAACAAACAAAAGUUUCUUUUGGAAAUAAUUUAUCGUGUUGAGGAACCUUUAAUGUUUGAAAAAUGGAUCAAAUUAGGCAAGACUUUCACCUUUGACAGAUCGGAAUACACACGUAUACCUCGUUAUAUGGAGAAAUAUUGCAAAGCUUUAAAAUUUGGUGCCACAUUGCCGAAGGGUGAAUACUUUGGUGCUCUCACAGAAAGUCAUAUCCAACAGGCCUAUGGUUUGUUUGGUUUCUUCUAUUAUGCCAAAAGUUGGGAACUCUUUCAACGUAAUGUUGCCUGGGCUCGCAUGUUCAGCAAUGAAGCCACAUUUGUUUAUGCUUUAAAUUUAGUUCUACUACAUCGUGAUGAUUUAAAGGGUUUGAUGUUGCCUUCCAUUUACGAAAUCUUUCCACAAAACUUCUUUAACAGUAAAUUCAUUUAUGCAGCCGAAAAAUUUAACUAUGAAACCUGGUCCAAAUAUAUUAUGUAUGAAAAACAAUACAAGGACAUACUCUAUGAAGAUUAUGCUAAAGUCUAUAAGCCAUACGAUAGACGUUUUUACUAUAACUUUACCAGAGAUUGGAAAUUGUGGCAAUGGUGGAAAAUGAUGGGUUUAGGUGAACACUGGUACUCUGCAGAACAUUAUAUGUUACGCGAAAAUUGGUCUGAGUACUAUGAGGACCCGAAAUUCUUUGAAAUCUAUGAGAACACUCAAAUGUUCUUUAUGCCUGUAGACUACACGCGUAACAUAGAGCUUAACAAUAUGGACACCACUUUGUCUUAUCUAACUGAAGAUGUUGGCUUAAAUGCCUACUGGUAUUAUCUUAAUCUUAAUAACGCCUUAGAUGGCAAGCAUAACUAUCGGCGUGAUCUCUUCUGGUUAUAUAAUUUAGAGCAAAUAUUACGUCGUUACCGCUUGGAACGUUUGUCUCAUGGUCUGGAAGAAAUUUCCGAUUUUUCCCUCUUAGACAGCAGGGAUAGUGGUUAUAAUUCACAUUUGAUUUCGUACAAUGGUAUUAGUUACUCGAAACGCAAAUCCUACUAUGGAAUCGAUAAAUUUGGUCAAACCGAUUACUAUCAAAAAUAUUUAGGCAUGUUUGAUCGAUUACAAGAAAUUAUUAGCAAAAGUUUCUAUGAAACUUAUGCCGGCGAAACCAUUGAUUUGCUUAAACCCAUAACCACUGUAUAUAAGGGAAAUGCAAAGCAGGGAAAUUUUGAUACCUUUGACAAAUACUCCUUUCAAUACUGGUACCAGUAUACUCAUAUGUUUUUCGCUGAGAGCAAUUCUGAUGAUUAUGAAGUUCUGCCACAUAACUUCUUAAAUUACGAAACUAUGCUGCGUGAUCCUUUGUUCUAUAGCUUCCACAAAAAGAUCGCUUCUGUCUUUCAUCGAUUCCGGAGCAAUAUCAAACCAUAUACUCAUGAUGAGUUAUUGUUAGCUAAUGUCACCAUCAACAAUGUUACGGUCAGUGAAUUAAUCACCUUUUAUGAUAUAGUCGACUUUGAUGUCACCAACUUAAUGAACGACAAAGUGAACUUCGUUGCAGAUCAAAUGAUUUGGGAUAAAACCUUGUUGGCUCGUCAAAUGCGCCUCAAUCACAAACCUUUUGAAUUCGCAUUCAACGUUGAGUCUAACAAGAGUCAAAAGGUAAUAGUACGUACCUUCUUGGGACCUAAAUAUAAUCAAUAUGGUCGUGUUAUAACCUUGGCUGAAAAUCGUGAAAAUUUCAUGGCAAUCGAUAGCUUUUUGUACACUCUUAAAACUGGUAACAAUAUAUUCACACGCAAAUCUGAUGAUUUUCCCUGGACCGCAAAAGAUCGCAUAUCCUACACCGAAUUGUACAAGCUUUUGAUGCUGGCCAUUGAAGGCAAAUAUGAAUUUCCCACAAACUUGACUAAACCUCAAUGCGCCUUUCCCGAUCGUUUACUUUUACCUCGAGGUUGGCCUAAUGGUAUGCCUAUGCAGUUAUUUUUCUACAUUACGCCCUUUAAGGACAAACACGACACCAAUACCACCUUUGACUAUGCUUAUUCUUGCGGUAUUGGUUCUGGUAUUCCCUAUAACGAUGAAAUACCAUUCGGCUAUCCUUUUGAUCGUGAAAUAAUCGAGUACGAAUUUUUCGUACCUAACAUGUACUUUAAAGAUGUCAAGAUAAGGCACGAAGACACUUUCGAAAAAUACUUUGAGCACAAAUACGUACCUUUUGGACAGUUCGAUUAUGAAUAUCGUUAAGAAUGUAAUUUGCUACUUUCUACAAGGAUUUUCAUCCUUGGUUCUAAGAAACUAUUAACAAAAAUUUAUGUUUAACAAUUUUUCAUUUAUUAUUAAACAACUUAAUAAAAACAUAUCUUAUUCUAUAAA